CACAAGCCCCGCCCUGCCCAGCGCUCUCCUUCACACACACGAGCAGACCCAGCUUCUGUUAUGGCAGGGGCUUCACGUUGGCGCUCCCCAAACGGUCGCAGCAUGCCACUCUCCCCGACAGCGCCUCCCUCCCACCUCAGGAGACAGACACACGGGCUGGACUGAGCCGGGGGGGGGCAGACUGCAGAGGACCGUCUGACACACAUCACCAGCAGAAAGCUGCUGAGCACAUGUCACAAGAUUCCAAAGAUCCAACAAGAAAACCUGAAAAUCGUUUGGACAAGUGAAGAGAGAAAAAGGGAUGGAAGAACAAAACGGAAAUAUCAGGCCUCAUAAAACAACGGGGAACGGGAUCAAAGGGAAGCCCCCAUACUCAGUGGAAACACCUUACGGCUUUCAACUUGACCUGGACUUCCUAAAAUACGUAGAUGACAUAGAGAAAGGAAACACGAUCAAAAGAGUGCCCAUCAAGCGCCGAAGCAGAUGCCCCAGAGCGAGCACUCUUCCCAGGCAGCUCAACCCUUCCGGGUGUGGCUACCGCCCGAGCCCUUGGGGGUCUACUGGGGCUCUCGGCCCCAGGUUCCGACUGUCGGAUCACCAUGGCUACGCCUCCUGGUCAAGCGAUCACCGGCCGCCACACUCGCCUACAGGGCUCAAAUCCCUGGCAGAGAUGGAGGCCAGAAUGAAGGAGUUUGAUGAGCAACCGUUCGGUGAGCACGUCAGGCCUCACCUCCCGCGCGCCUCCAGUAUGCCUAUCACGGUUUUACUGAGACAGGGCUCAGAGUCCAGCAGCCUCGGGAGUUCAAGGGAUCCCCUCGGAGAGCGAGACGCCUCCUGUGAAGACGUCUUCAACUACCCGGAUAGCCCUCGACCCCAGGAGUGCGCCGGCCUGUACAGGCGCCUGGCGGACGCCCUGGAACGCGUGGGGGAGCUGGAGAUGGAGGUGAGGGUGGUUCCAGAGCUCAGGGCGCACAUCUGCGUCCUCCAGGAGGAAAGGGAAAGGCUCCGCCGGGACCUGGAUCCACAUGCACCACCCUCUUCAGUGAAUGGUACCAGAGACCCUUGUGCCUCGUCCCACUACGGCAGAGUGGACAUCAAAAGGCUUCGGCAUGAAAGCGGCGGCAUCAGUCCCAGAAAUCACAGCGGUAAUGUAGAGGACUGCAGUCCUAAGCAUGAGUGGAGGACGAGCACAGAUCUGGAUGAGCUGCUGACGGUGACGUCCCUGCAGGCCAAAGUCGCCGCACUGGAGCAAAAGCUCCACGAGACUAGCCUGGAGCUGCAGAUGGCUUUAGGUCUGCUUAGGGAUCAAAUGGAGGAGAGCAGAAAGAAAGAUGAGAAGAUGGAGCACAUUAUGAGGAAUGCUGCAGUGGUGGUCCGUGCAGAGAGGGGGGCGUCGGACCGGAAUGGAGAUGAUUCUAUUGAACCUUAUGAUAAAGUGUCGAGACGUCCGGAUGCAAGAAUUGUUAGGACAAAUGGACAAAGAGGCAGACAAUGGGACAAACCGGCGACAACGGAUGCCGGAGAGGCUUGGGAUGAAACUGCAGUGGUCGCCUACCACAUAGAGAAGGUCAAGAGGCUCUUGUGUCAGCAGUGGGAGUGCCUGUGUGUAGGCCAUGAGUCGGGAAAGGGCAAAUCUCUGCAGCACCCUGACCCCAAAGUCAACUCCCUGCAGCAGGAGAUGAUGGGACUCGUCGAAAUCCUCACCUCCUACUACAGCCGACAAGGAGCCGGGGAUGGAGAGAGGAGGCAACACGGAGUAGCCUCUAAAUGCAUCGCCAGGACAGACGGAUGCGCCCUGAAGACAAAAAGCCCACAUUCUGUUGGUGUUGAUGAAGGACGUGAAAGUGGAAAUGUGGUUGGGCAGGACUCAGUGAGUGAGGGCGGCCAGAAGGAGAGCAGCAUCAACCUGAGGGAGAUGGCCGCUGUCCAGGUGGAUGGAGUCCCGGGGGAGAGGCGGAUGGAGGGAAUGACGCGGACAAACCCAGGAGGACAGAUGAUAUCGGGCGGAGCAGAACCAGGGCGGACAGAUGGAAGCGCAGUGUCCCCGGAAGCUGAGAAAACGGCCAAGACCAAACCACAGCCCCCAGGGGAACAGAUGGAGAGGAGGUCUGGCUCGGGAAUCACCACCAGGGGCCGAGAGACAGUGAAUUUGGAUUUUCUGGCUGCCUGUCAUUUGCUCAAAGAUCACAUGGAUCACAUAGAUAACCCCAAUGAAGACAUGAGGAAGGCCCUGGUUGUGUUGUUUCAGCACUGGUUCAGCGCGGCGGCCGAGGAGACCUCAGAGGCCGGCAGGGUGUCCGCGUACCUGAGCGACGUGAAGAAGACCACGCCUUCCCUCUUGGCCUUCUUGAUCAACCUGGCUGAUGACAACGGCAACACGGCGCUGCAUUACAGCGUGUCCCACUGCAACCACAGCAUCGUCAGUCUGAUACUGGACACAGGUGUGAGUAAUGUGGGCCUUCAGAACAAUGCGGGCUUCACAGCAGUGAUGCUGGCCUCGCUAACGGCGCCUGACGGUCCGGGUGGGAUGGAGGUGGUCCGCAGGCUAAUGGAGCAGAGCAACAUUAACAUACGCUCCAGCCAGACGGGCCAAACCGCUCUGCACCUGGCGGUGAGACACGGGCGAGUCGUGAUGGUUCGCCUGUUACUGAGCUUCGGAGCAGACACCAACCUGCAGGACAAACAGGGAACAACGGCCCUGAUGUUCGCUUCUGAGAGGGGACACACACACAUCGCCAGGCUGCUGCUGGAGAGGAGCCGCUGUGACCUCACGCUGACUGACAAGCGUGGUCAAACUGCACUCUCUAUCGCCAUGCAAGGUUCCCACACUGAUACUGCCGCCCUCCUGCAGGCCCAUGCCAAAGCUCGAGCUUUGUAAAACUUGAAAACUAUCUGCAGACGUGAUUCUCUCACAUUUGCUCCUUUCUGCUGAUGCACUUUGAACUCUGACGCCGUCUGCUCGGGUUGAACUGCUGCUCGCAUAUUGUUUCUGAAUUAUGACAAUCUGCACAAGCAUUAACUUGUGCUCUAGAUGGGAUGACAUUGGUAUAUGUGUCAUGAUUGCUGAUGCUCUGUACAGUUAGUGUGAUGUUUCCUGUUCUCUGCUGAUGAACACAUCAGUCAUGUCUGAUCAUUGCACAUUCAUAUGGACAAUAUACAUAUAUUUAUUAUAUGUGUAUUGUAUUGGUUAUAUGUUGACAAUUAUCGAAAGGUUUGUGUUUUAUGUUUUUAGAAAAUGUAAUAUAGCUUUUUUUCCAUUAUUGCAGCACUCUUUUAGAAUAAAAUGAGUGUAAAAUAUAAAAGGAAAAAUACCUAUGCUGCUUGUUAAGCACUUGACAGAACGCGCAAAUAAACCAACCUGUUGAUCUUACUAAUAAUUGAUGUGUAAAAUGACUGUUUUGAAUAAAAUGAUCAAAAGGGAUUCCAUGCACGAUUGAGCAGUUACACCGAGAGCAAAACUGAGUGAAAUUACUUGGUUUGUAUCCUUGUUUGGCCAAUAAAGCAGAUUGAGCUGCUGA